UGACGUUGAAUGAAUGAGCUUUUAUGUAUGAAAGAAUAAUUGAAUGAAUGAAUUAAUGAAAACUUUAUUGCCAAUAUGCUUACGCACAAACACAGUGAGAAACGAAGCAAUACAUAAAAAGAAAUACAGCAUUCAGCAGUAGCCUGUUGCCACAAUGGCUGUUGUUUAGUGGGCGUAUCGAAGUGAAGAGUGGGCGGGGCUGUGGGUGGACGGUAAUGAGAUCUAAUAUUUGCUAUAAUGUAUUCAGCUCUGUUGGCCAAUUGUUUUAUACAAUCUGAAGCUCAGGCACUUUGCGUCAUAUCAAAUAACACGCUUAUAGUAAAAUGCACACAAGAGACUUGUAUUAGUGUUGCUCCGAUUAAAAGUAAGCGUCCUUGCUGUUAAUUGAUGUGUUUCAUAUGAUUAAAGGAUUAAAAGCAUAUUUGCAUUCGCUUUCUGACAUGGAAGAUGGACAGAAAAGUAAGUUCUUAUUGAUCAAAACGUGUUAGGUGAGAAUAUUUAAUUGAACGUAAUUUAUUCGAAUAGACAAAGCAAAUAGUAGCCUUAAAAUAUUUUUGUUUUGAAAGCAAAUAGGCAGACUUCAUAUUGCGUGGGUUGUGGGUAUCAGAUCCUGGAUCGGUUUAUCCUGCGUGUUUUUCCUGAUCUGGAGUGGCACGCGAAGUGUCUUCGGUGCGCAGAGUGCCACAAGUGUCUGGACGAGUCGUGCACGUGUUUCAUCAGAGAUGGGAAAACCUUCUGCAAAGAGCAUUAUAGCAGAUUAUUCCCCCGUAAAUGUGCAAAAUGCUGCAAAGUCUUCACCAGAAAUGACUAUGUCAUGCAAACACGACUUGACGUUUAUCACGUACAGUGUUUUCGAUGUGAGAGCUGUGAUCAACAGUUACUCCCCGGAGAUGAGUAUGUCCUGCGAGAAGGUCAACCUCUCUGUAUGGACCAUCACGAGCUACCAAACCUACUGAGAACUUCAAAUAACGCGCAUCACAAAACAAAGGACGCUGAUAUGUACGAGAACACUAAAUCUAUCCCACAGUCCAGUUCUCCCUGGUCAUCAGCAAAGAGGAGGUCAGAAAGAGGCACACGUGUGAGGACGGUUCUCAGCGAAUCCCAGCUUCGCAUGUUACAGACCUGUUAUAGUGCGAAUCCCAGACCAGAUGCUCUCAUGAAGGAGCAGCUGGUGGAAAUGACGGGUCUAAGUCCCAGGGUCAUUCGGGUUUGGUUCCAAAAUAAGAGAUGCAAAGACAAGAAGAGAAGUCUGAUGAUAAGGCACACACAGAACCAGCACGAGGACCACAUGGAUGUUUCUGAUGAGCAAAUAAUGGUUACUAGUCCAGAAAGUCAAGACGGUGACAUGCUGGGAAGCCCAUCAUGGAAACUACUGACCAACUUUAUUCUGCAAAAGCAUGCUGACCAGGGCUCAUGCCAUCAUGUGCUCUCUUUAUCAAAGGAAGGUCCCAGUUCUGCUUUAAGUGAAGUUGUGUCAAUAGCAGCUCAGUUAUCAGACACACCCAGCAGUCUUGCUGCACAGGGAUGAAUGAGUAAACAGAGCAAUACUGCAAAUUCCCCUUCAGCACUGUUUAACACUUUGACACUCUUUGACACUCACUCAAGUAAUUUUCAUUCAGUAAUAAAACAGUAUGGAAAUCGAAAGCUUAUUUAUUUAGUUACAGAUGAUGCAUAAAUAUCAAUAAAAAAGACCCUUAUGGUCCAGUGUCAUAUGUGACUCUGUAAUUUUAAGUGAUUUACUGUUUUCCACCUAAAAUCAUCCUACAUAAUGUAAAGAUCAUUCUGUGAAAAUAUAAACUUAAUAUCCUAAAGGAUUAGUCAAUUUUCUUAAAA